AAUAGCUUGAUGUUCUGUCUUUAUUCUUUAGCAAUUUUUUUUAUUUUAAUUAUUACCACCCCUUCUUUUCAUUUCGUAAUCACUUUAUGCAAUAGUUUGUGAUGAUUUCUGGCCAUAAUUGAGACGCAUACUUGUUUUGCUAAAUUUUGUCUUCUCUCUCCAGUACAGCAGGAGGCGCUGCAGCUCUUUAGUCCGCAGAUAAACUCACUAAAGGAAGAAAGAAAGAGCGCGCGUGUGAUGUGUUUGUGUAUCCUCAGUGUUUUUCUCUUGCGUGUUUCAUUGAGUGUAAACAGAGUCUUGUCUCUGUGUAUUUUAGUGUUGAGACAUUGAGUAGGAACUGAUCUGUUCAUGCUGGAUAUAUUGAUGAUUUCAUCACAGAAAUCUCUCAGCUGAAGAAAGAGGUGGCGUUACUGGAGACAAAGCAGGGGUUAAGAGGAGAUUUAGCAAUGAAACGAGAGGAUGUGGAUUGUUGUGAAUCUUCAGUGUAUGUGACUGAUGAUGGGAGUCUGGAUUCAGUGUGGAUGAGCAGAGAUCAGAGCCGCACACCACAGCCACUGCUGGACUCUAAACUCUCUGAAGAGAAAUCCAGACACACACAGGACUCCGAUCUCAGUCUGACUUUACUCUGUUAUACUGAGUCAAAGCCCACAGACACUCAGGACACUACAGUGUGUGACAGUAAACAGAGCUUACAGGAGGAUCAAACCUCCACAGAGUCUCUGAAUUCUGUCUGUAAGGCUGGAGAACAGCAGCAGAUCCUGCAGACCAAACUGAAGAUGUGUUCAGUUAAACUCAUCGACUGCAGGAACCUCAUGAUGAAGAUCAAAACUGAACCCACAGAAAUCAAAACUGAACCCACAGAAAUCAAAACUGAACCCACAGAAAUCAAAACUGAACCCACAGAAAUCAAAACUGAACCCACAGAAGAGGAAGAUCGUACUGAGGAAGAUGAUGAUUUUAUCCCAUCAGAUGUGAAGAGUGAUUCAUGUUUGGAUAUAGAAAUAACGUCCUCAACAUCAAAAGAGCGACUGACAGCACAAACUCUUUCCUGCAUCACCUGUGGAAAGACAUUCAGCUCCCAGAGACAUUUAGAGCGACAUGAGAGAAAACACACAGAACAGAAACUCUUCACCAGAUCUGAGAUCAGCUUUACUACCUUACAAGAGAAGAAACUUCAUUCAGAAGACCACAGAGAGAAGAAGAAGAAGAAGCAGUUUCACUGUGAGCAGUGUGGGAGGAUUUGUGUCUCUUCCUCUAAACUAAAUGUUCACAUGAGGACACACAGUGAUGAAAAGCCUUUCAACUGCACUGAAUGUGGAAAAUACUUCAAAACCAAAGACAAUCUUAAAAUUCAUCAAAGACUUCAUACUGGAGAGAAACCUUAUCACUGUAGUGUCUGUGGGAAGAGUUUUAGUCUAAAGUCUUCAUUACUAAAUCACAAGAGAAUUCAUACAGGUGAAAAAUCUUACAAAUGCUCUCAGUGUGACAAGAUGUUUACUUAUUUGUCUAACUUAAAAUCCCAUCAGAGAGUUCACACUGGAGAGAAACCUUACGUCUGCACUCAAUGUGAAAAGCGCUUCUCUAAUUCAUCUCAAUUCAGAGUUCAUGAAAGAGUUCAUACUGGAAAGAAACCUCAUCACUGUAGUCUCUGUGGGAAGAGUUUCUUUAAUUUACCUCAAUUCAGAGUUCAUCAAAGAGUUCAUACUGGAGAGAAACCUUAUCACUGUAGUGUCUGUGAGAAGAGUUUCUUUAAUUUACCUCAAUUCAGAGUCCAUCAGAGAGUUCAUACUGGAGAGAAACCUUAUCACUGUAGUGUCUGUGAGAAGAGUUUUAGUCAAGGGUCUUCGUUACUAAGUCACAUGAGAAUUCAUACUGGUGAAAAACCUUUCAAAUGCUCUCAGUGUGACAAGACGUUUGCUCACUCAUGUCAUUUAAAAGUUCAUCAAAGUGUUCAUACUGGAGAGAAACCUUAUUACUGUAGUCUCUGUGGGAAGAGUUUUAGUGUAAAGGAUACCUUACUAAAACACCAGAGAGUUCAUACAGGUGAAAAACCUUACAAAUGCUCUCAUUGUGACAAGAUGUUUACUACUUCGUCUAACUUAAAAUCCCAUCAGAGAGUUCAUACAGGUGAAAAACCUUACAAAUGCUCUCAGUGUGACAAGACGUUUGCUCACUCAUGUCAUUUAAAAGUUCAUCAGAGAGUUCAUACUGGAGAGAAACCUUAUCACUGUAGUCUCUGUGGGAAGAGUUUUAAUCGACAUGACAUUUUAGUGACACACCUGAGAAUUCAUACAGGUGAUAAACCUUUCAAAUGCUCUCAGUGUGACAAGAUGUUUGCUCAGUCAGCUUCCUUAAAAUCCCAUCAGAGAAGAGUUCACACAGGAGAAAAACCGUACGAGUGUCCUCACUGUGAGAAGAGAUUUAGCUGUAAACGUGGACUGAAGACACAUGUGCUUUUACACACCAAUGAGAGACCAUAUCAGUGCAGUGAAUGUGACAAAACCUUUAGGGAUUCAGGUUCAUUAAAAAAACACCAGAAUAUUCACUUUAAAGAGAAACUCUAUCAGUGUUCACACUGUGAUAAACGGUUCUGUCAUAAAUAUCAGCUGAUAAUCCAUCAGAGAGUUCACACUGGAGAAACUUCUUACCAAUGCUCUCAGUGUGACAAGACGUUUACUUCUUCAUCUUACUUAAAAGUCCAUGAGAGAGUUCAUACUGGAGAGAAACCUUAUCACUGCAGUAUCUGUGGGAAGAGUUUUAGUCUAAAGUCUACCUUACUAAGUCACAAGAGAAUUCAUACAGAUGAAAAACCUUUCAAAUGCUCUCAGUGUGACAAGAUGUUUGCUCAUUCAGGUAAUUUAAAAGCCCAUCAGAGAGUUCACACUGGAGAGAAACCUUAUCACUGUAGUGUCUGUGGGAAAAGCUUCUCUAGUUCAUCCCGAUUAAGAGUUCAUCAGAGAGUUCAUACUGGAGAAAAACAACAUCACUGUAGUGUCUGUGGGAAGAGUUUUAGUCGACAUGACAGUUUAGUGACACACCUGAGAACUCAUACAGGUGAAAAACCUUACCAAUGCGUUCAGUGUGACAAGACGUUUUCUUCUUCAUAUUCCUUAAAAGUCCAUCAGAGAGUUCACACUGGAGAGAAACCUUAUCACUGUAGUGUCUGUGGGAAGAACUUCUCUGAUUCAUCUCAAUCAAGAGUUCAUCAGAGAGUUCAUACUGGAGAAAAACCUCAUCACUGUAGUGUCUGUUGGAAGAGUUUUAAUCGACAUGACAGUUUAGUGACACACCUGAGAAUUCAUUCAGGUGAAAAACCUUUCAAAUGCUCUCAGUGUGACAAGACUUUUGCUCAUUCAGGUAAUUUAAAAGCCCAUCAGAGAGUUCAUACUGGAUAGAAACCUUAACACUGUAAUGUGCUUGUCUUUCCUGCUCCGGGUUGAUAGCUUUAAUAUCUGAAUGAAGAUGCAUGUUGAUAGGCACGUCAUAGGAGCUGCAUAGAUGGACUGACAACUGGAAUUUAAGUACCGUGAGAUCAGACGGCUUGUUAUAAUUUUGAAAACCUCCCGCGGCACAGUGAUGUCACCCGCCAGCUGGUCUGUGCAGCGCUGCAUGAAGUUAAGAACAUGGGGGCCCCCUAGUGGUGCGGGCCCCUACACAGCUCGCGUAGCCUGUGUAUAGAGAGGAUCGGCUCUGAUCAUCAAUUUAAACUAAUCUUGUAAUUAAAUAAAUUGACGUAUGUGUAUAACUCCGCCUCACAUGGGCACUCAGGUAACUUAACAGUCGCAUGAAAGUCCAUGACAUGUGAGGUUUUAUUAUUAUUUUUCUAGUUGUUCACCUCGCUUUCCAAGACAUUGACACACAGUUUGUUGUAAUUAUAUCCAAGAAGCACACAAAGAGCACCUUUCCCGUCAUCACCUCACCUUAGACCUGCAGCAUACUUUCAGCAAAGAUGCUUAUAUUAUAGAGAUGCCAACCUUUCAUUAGAAAACAUGCAACAGUCAACUUGGCUAGCAUGUAGCGCCCCAGCCAGUCAAUGAUCAGUGAUAUAUGUUGCGGGCGUUCAGAGUGUAAUGACAGCCAGUUACCGUUUACAGUUUCUUGCCAGAAUAUAAGAUUACAUUUUAAUCUGUUAAAAAUGGCUUCUGGUCUCCUUCCCUGUGUAUAGCAGCGUUGCUAUGCUAAUCUUGUAGGCUUCCUUAAAGAGGGUCUUUGCUUUCAUUAUCCUAACUGUAUUUGCAUUUUCUGUAUCAAACCCUCUCAGAUCCACUGUGGAUGCCAUUUCGUGCGUUGGCAGCCAGCCUCGUUUCUCAUGGCGUUAAAAAGCCCAGGUGUGUGUUUGGCAUCGAGCAUCAUUGUGAUCAUGGCUAGUUUAACUUUUUUUCUCCAGCUGUAUUUGUUUUGCACAGGUGCCGCACACACGUGCAUGAUCCUGCUUAUUCUACAAUCAUUUUACUUCAUCGAUUUAAUUCUUACCGACAAUUAAUCGAAUAUCAAUUAAUUGUUAACAUCCCUAGAAAU